AUGUCGCAAGCGGUGCUUACAUUGUUACUGCUACUAACCAUUUACAACCAUCUUUCAUUUGUUACGUCGAGGCGGAAGCGUCCUUUUAAGUGCCCUUGCGGGCGAAGUUACAUACGUCGCCAGCAUCUUACUAGGCAUGCCAAUACGUGCCCUGGUACUCCCACCACUCUACGUGAAAGCAAAGGUCCCUUAAAAAAGUCACAUGACAGUGUUGAAUACAGUUGUCCGAAGUGCACACUCGGGCAUUUUUCUAAGAAAAAGUCUGUUUGGGCACAUAUGGCGAUUGUUCAUGGGGACCGAAGGUUUAAAUGUGGCCAAUGUGAUGCUGCCUUCACAACGAACUCAAAGCUAGAGCGUCAUCAAAAACGACACCAUAACCUAAGGUGCCAUAUAUGUGAAAACAUAUUGGCGGGCAUCAAACUUUCUGAAGGUGUCAAUGACUCUGUCAGUGCUUCUUCCUCCGGUGUUCUUACAGAUCGCAUUGAGCGAUUUGAAAACUUUAUCGAACUUAGGAAACAUAUCUCGAAACAACAUUCUAGUCAAAAGUUCAUCUGCAAAAUCUGCCAUCGUCAUUUUUCUCGCCGCGCCCACUUGCUUGAGCACGAGUUGAGUCAUACGCCAAUGGAAGAGAGGCGGAAAUUCCUGUGCACUGACUGUUCGUCCUUGUUGCCAACUCCCGUGGCUUUCACGUCAAAGCGAGGUCUCGUGGCACAUACUCGCACCGUUCACAGCAGUGAGGUUCGGCGUUUUCCAUGUACCUAUUCUUCCUGUCCGGCGAUUCUGUCUACUAAGCAAAAGUUAAAAGGCCACCUGCAGUUGCAUACACGAGGGUCUGGCUCGGAGGUUGUGCGGGUCAUCCAACGCUCAUCUCUCCUCCAGCGUAGACGCAAUAAUGCUUUAAUGGCAUUAUCGCUCACUUCCCUUACAAAGGAUGGAACUCAGUUACAGAGACCUAAGCGACGAAAGUGCGUGCCUCUACGCGACCUCCAGGAACGCUGGGAGACUGAAAGCCAAAGCAGUGUAGUUGCUCUACUUCGCUGA